CUAAAAUGAACCAACCCUUUAAGAAUCUUGACCAAGGGUUUGAACCUGAUGGGAGAAGUACACGUGUGAAUGACCGAUAUGACCCUUACUCAAGGCCUCUUGUGCCUGAGGGUAGUUCAGGCAACCUGAAGACAAUGCAGCAAGGCUAUCAUAUUUGCAUUUUAGUCCUAGCCUUUAUUAAUCUAAUAGUUGUAUGGAUGGCCUAUGGCGCUGUAUCUGGAUACAGUGCUUCUUUGAAUGAUUUCAAGACCAAUUGGAGUCUCAAACCUAUUGUUGACAUCAAGACAGGACUGAGCCGAUGCCCUGGAGGAUACGAAGAUCUGAUCAUUGACAGAUGGCCUGGAACAUCAACUGGAUGUGAUUGUAGUCAUGCCUGGGGCUUUUAUCCAAAUCUUCAAACUGGAAGAUGUGAUGUUAAUGAAACAAAUGACGGAUGUAGAACCGUUUCCUCCACAGCAUCAAUGCCUCUUAAUAAAUUCUACUCUUAUAGAAUCUGAGCAAAAAGACAAGGAGAUCCUUUUAACCGAGCUGUAAGACCCACAAAGAUGUUCGGUGUUACAAAAUGCCCUGGAGGAUAUAAAAUAUGUGGAUCUGGAGAACCAAAGGAUCAAUACUGUGUUUCUCAAGGUAGUCCUUGUCCCAUAAACAGCAUCAUCAUCUCUGAUACAUCCAGUACCUUUUCCAACACCGACUCCCAAAUUCCUCAAGAAAAUGACGACCACUAUACAAAGCUCAACCUGGACUCUGGCGUAGUCCUUGCUUUCUCUUACUCCAAAGCUGGUGGUCUUCCAAUAGUUAGAAUGAAGCUGACCGAAGGAGGUGUCUGUGCUAAUCCUGAAGAAGUUGGUACAUCCAAAGGUCGAUACUUGUACAAACUUCUCAGAAGUUGGGAUAAGCAGUUGUAAAACUCUGCUCAACUCCAGACCACAGUGCUUUUCCAACUUUU